UCCCAAGGCAUGCAGAUUGAUUAGCUGCCCCCCGGCAUUGUCAUUUUGCCCGCGCCCAGAGCGUGAUCCCAGGAGCGUGAUCGGCGCUUGGCGUAACGCUCGUGCAGCGUGCAGCAGCGGGUGGUUCCUGCGAUAGCCCCAUGAGGGCGCUGCCGCUGGCGCUGGCCGCGGCCGCGGCGACCUCCUUCCUGGAGCUGCUGCCCGAGCCGAGCAUGGUCUGCGACAACUCCAAGUGCCUGCUCGAGAGCGAGGAUUCGUGCUUGCGCGAGUACGCGAUCGACCGGGACUGCUCGACGUUCGGCGACGCGUACCUCGUCCUGGACGACGCGCUGGCGGCGUGCGCGCGCCACGAAAACUGCAGCGGCGUGUACGACCCGCGCUGCGACGGGAUGCCGGCGGAAAGCUGCCGCAAGGAUAAAUGCGAGCAUAAUCAUUGCUGGGCCCACAACUACCACAGGGAGCCGAUCUGCGCCGAGGGCUACUCCCCGAUGCCCAACUCAUCGCACGACCACGACUGGUACCCGUUUGCGUGCUGCCCGGCGGGCACCGGCGGCGGUUUUUUCAUGUGCGACGCGAACGAGGCCCUCGCCGACCAUCCCGCGUCGGACCUCCACGACACGCGGGGGUGCGUCGUCACCUGCGCCGCCUGGAACGUCUCGGACUGCACGGCGCCGACCUACGUCGGCACGGUCACCGACCGCAGAUGUGAGGAGACCGUUCGACUCGACAAGAUAGGCGCGGGUCGGUACGAAAACUUUGGUCAUCACUCUUAUUGGCACGGAGGCAACCAUACGAUGGAUUUCAUGGACUGCGUCGCCGCCGUGCGCGCGCACGCCGGCCAGGACGGGUGCCGCGGCGAGUUCUUCUACUGGGAGGACUGGGGAGGCAGAGGGGGCAACUGCCGCUGCGUCACCGGCAAUUGCACGGAGGCAAGGCGGGAAUGGGAUUGGCAACUCUUCAGCUUGGGGUGCCCGGGCGCCGCCGAGGAGGACGGGGGGAUCUGCACACACACAGCGCUCUACUAUGACGGGUCGCAGGACCUCUCGGCCCACGACCCGGACAAGUGCCGGGAACAUGUAUGCGAACACCACGACCGCGACUGCUGCGGCUACGACCACGAAACGUGGUGCGCGGACGGGUACACGCUCGUGCGCGGCAACGAAGGCCCGCCUUGGGGCUGCUGGCCGGGCAGGAAGGGGUACCGCUGUCUUCCCUCUGACGCAUUCCUUGGUCGCUUCGUCGAGCCCUACGACUUCGAGGGCUGCCCCGCCGGGUACUACACCUGCGCCGGUUGCUGCGACCAGGACGCGGACUGCGCGUGCGACGGGCUCGGCGGCGACGCCUACGAGCACGACUGGCGCACGCCCAAGUGCCCCGAGGGAUACUACGAGUGCGACGGCUGCUGCGACCGCGACGCGGACUGCGCCUGCGACGACACGUGCGACCUGGGCUCGCACGAGGACUGCAGCCUCGCGUACCACGAGAACGUGUCCCAGCCCGCCGGCUGGUGUCCAGUCGGCUACCACGACUGCGACCACCACGACUGCUGCGACUUCAACGUCGACUGCGAAUGCGUGAGCGUGCGCCACGGGAGCGGCGACGAGUACUGCGGGCCCGGGCCGACGGGCUCCGACGGCGCGCUGCCGAACUUCGAGUGCUCCGUGCGCAAGCACGGGGAGGAGGCGUCCGGCGACGAGGUCGCGCUGGAGGACCGGUGGGAGCAUCACAAUUAUGACGCCGGCGGCUGCUGCGCGGGGCCGAACGAGACCGCCGCGUGCGCGGACGGGUACACGGUCGUGGCGGGCGACGCGCCGUGCGUCUUCACGUGCUGCGAGGGCGCCGUCGACAACCUGACGACGGCCGCGGACGUGGACGCCGAAGGCUUCUGCUGGGAGGCCCACGCGGACGAGGGGCGGCGCCCGCCCCUCGUUGGCGAAUGCUGCGAUGACGAAACGGACGCGUGCCCCGGCGGGGAGCAAAAGGUCUAUGUUAAAAGUCACCCGGAGCAAGGGGAAACUUACGAGACUCACUGCUGCCCGCGCGCCUCCGCGCCGGCGGCGUGCUUCGAGCGCAAGCGCCGCGCCGACUGCGUCGAGGACGCGUGCCGCACGUCCGAUAUCCGGCGUAGACGUAGAUACCGGGACCGCCUGACUCCGACGUCCGCGCAGGUUCAAGCCCGGCGGCCCGGCCAUACUGGAUAAUGGUCACUCAGAUAACUGGUGGGACCCGCAAAUGAGUUACAAGGACGUGUGUUUCACAUCAUCGUCCCAUUGGGAAAGAUGGGGGGAUCAUGGGUCACAUUGGGAUGAAGGGAUGCGCCCGCCGCCCGCGGCGCGGUACUGCGCCGACAACCACACGCUGGCGGGCGUGGAUUAUGUCGGCGGCGUCGGCACCUGCUGCACGAACAAGAGUUCCGACGACGCGAAGUGCGUCGCGCCGGUGCCCGACUGCUUCCACCACAGCGGUCCUCGGCGCUGCGAUAUCCUCCUGAAGUACUUUGGGGCCGAGCAGAGUCCGCACUCAUGGAAUGACGUCCGGAACCGCCCCUGCCGCUUCCGGGGCGAGCCCUACGCCUGCGACGACCUGCGCUGCGACCCGGCGUCCGGCGCGCUCUACUACACCCGCUCGGAUUCGUGGCGCUGGUGGGACUUGAGUGACUGGCACAAUUGGCGGCCUUGGGACAGUUGUGAACGCCAAUGGUGGAGGCGCGACGUCACGGGGACGUCGUGGCCAGACAGCUCGCGGAACCGGCGCAUGGGCGAGCGACAACGCAUCCGGGCCUGCGGCGUGGUCACCGAAGACGGCGACUUCUUCCACGCGCAGCUCCGGGAGAGGAAGCGGUGGGACGAGGCGUGGAGAUGGAGGCGGGAUUGGUACAGCUCCGACUACCAUGAACGUUGGGAAGAUAGGUGGUUCGACCACCCGUGGACGAACUUCUGGGUCUCGACGCGCGCGCCCCGCCAUUUCGCCGGGCUCGACGCGGAACCGACGACCGCCGCGGCCGACGCGUGCGCGCGGGACGUGGAAAAAGAGUUCUACAGCGGCUGCCUCGGGACCUGCGGAAAGACGUGCGGCGAGCUCGGCCACGACCCCGUCCUCUUCGAGAAGCUCAGGGCCGCGGUGAAGAAGUGGCCCGACGGGGGCGGCGGCGAGGCGAUUCCGGACGUCUGCGCCUUUCGCCCGAAGUUCGCCUGGGAUCAGGACGGACUGUGGAUUACCGUGCUCUACGUCCUCGCGUGGCUGGGCCUCCUCGUCAUCUACGUCGUCGGCGUCGCGGCGGCGUGCUGCGUCUCGCAGCCGUCGUGCGUCGGCUACGCGCGGCUCCAAAAGCUGCGCAACUGGGCACACGAGGGCGAGGGGGGCUGCGCCCGGCGCUGCGUCUUCUGGUGCUGCGGGGGCUGGAUCUUCGCGUACAUGGAACUCUCGCUGCGCCGGCCCGCGCUGCUCGGCGUCACGAUCGUUUCCGUCGUGGUCCCGUCGACGCUCGCCGGCCUCUACAUAGUCUACCAUGAAUACGCCUUCUUGCUAUUUGUCGCCCUGUUCUUCGGCGGGAACCUCUUCAUCCUCCGCAACGAGGUGCGCGCGGGCUGCCAGAAGUUGAGCUGGCCCGCGCUGUUUUGCGUCACGGUCGUUCCCCUGGCGCUCGCGGCGACGCUCGCCGGGCUCUGGAUUUUUGACGAUGUAGACGAAGACGGGGUAGACGGAGACAAAUUAGGCGUCUUGCUGCUCUUUGUCGGCCUGUUCUUCGGCGGGCUGCUCUACAUUUUCCGCGAGAAGGUCCGCGCGCGCUACGAAAAGUUCUCCGAGCGGCGCCCCUGGUUCGGACGCCGCGUCGCGCCAAUUCUGGAGAAGCUCUCGGCCGGCGUCGCGUCGCUCAAGAAAAAGCUCUCGGCCGGCGCCGGCGCCGUCGCGAGGCCCCUCAGGUCCUGCCUCGCGCGCUGCCGCGGCAGCCUCGCGCGCUACUGCUGCUGCUGGUGGGACUCCUUGCGGCGAUGCCUGGUCAAGCGGCCGCCCGCGGCCGUCUACACCGCGGAGGACGGGACGGAGCAGACGGUCCCGUGGGUCGUGGCGCCGGGCCCGCCGGGCACGAUCGUGACCCGCCCCGACGGCAUCAAGGUCAAGGUGCCGGAGGGCGUCCAAAGGGGCCAGCUCUUUUCGCUCGCGGAGGCGGCGCCCGCGGGCGACGGCGCCGCCGCGCCGAAACACGCCGCCGAGCCGCCGUCGCUCGUGGAACGGACCGCGCUCCUCGCGCGCAAGGCGUGGACGGUGAAGAAGCGCACGACGGGCGCGCUGGCCAAGCAAGUAAUCGUCCCGCUCCUCGGCGUCGGCCUCCUGUGGUUACUGUACGACACCAGGGAAGAGAACCGGCUAGCGAGGAGCAUCGUUGAAAGCGAUACGAGCGCGACGAGCGCGCCGACGGCCGUCACGAAGACCCGCAAGCGAACGACCUUCGACACGAACCACGGCGACUUCGAGCUCACCUUGUUCCAGCUCUUCUUCUUCCCGUGGGUCCAGGUCGUCGCCUCGGCGUUGGUCGCCGACGUUGCACAAGGCACGCGCGAGGCGACGCGCGCGGCAGGCGGCGCCGACGCGGCCUACUGGCUCGCAUCCUUCUUUAUCGAGGGCGUCGCCCUCGGCGGCGGCGUCGCCGUCGCGAUCGCCGCGGGCGCCGCGCCGGGCCUCUUCCGGCGCGCCGGCAAGAGUUUUGAGGUCGCCGCGUUCCUCGAGCUCUUCGCCCUCCAUUGGUUCUUUUUGCUGGCGCUCGUCCUCCAGACCUUUGUGGUGGUCACGUGCCUCCUUCGGUCGCAGAUCGCCGCGGCGGGGCUCCCGCCCCUGUUGCACGCGGCCCUGCACGGGUGCUACUUGCUCUGGGCCCCGCUCCGGACGUGGAACGUUGGGAAACGGAGAUACAAAACGAACUGGCGCUUGCGGGCGCGGCCGCGCGCGCACUUCGCCAGCGCGCUCCUGCCGCAGUUCGCCUACGAUUUGUUGGUGGACUCGUUCAGCCCGACGAAAAAACGAGCGGGCUGGCGGUGCCGGCUCGUCGCCGACGGCUUUGUGGGGGAGCGCUACCCGUGCGAGAUGUGCAGAAAAGAGUGCUGGGAAAAAGCCCCGAGGCCGCGGCUCGAGGCUUUCGAGCAGUAUCUGCAGAGCCAGUCGCUGACGGCGGCGCCCUGCGCCGACGAGCACCUCAUGUGCGAGGACGUCUGGCCCUUCUGGUACGAGAAGACUGAGGAUCGGGGCUGGCGGCCCGAGUCCUCGUGGACGGCCGGGGUCUACUGCAUGCUGAUGGUGUCCGUGGCGCUGUGGGCGGCCAUCUUGUGGUACGUGAUCCAGGUCUCCACGUCGGCGGCGCGGGGCAAGGGCAAGGACCUGCUGUUUUGCCUCCGGAAGGCGUACUGGCGACCGCCGCCGCCGGACGAGGUCGUAGAGAAGGCGCCGCUCGUGAACCACGACGAGUGGUUCGAGAACGAUGAAAGCGCCGACGCGCCGGUCCAGGUAAGAGGCCUCCGGAAGGUCUUCGGGAAGAAGGUCGCCGUAUCUGACGCGACGUUCGCGAUUCGAGACUCGGAGAUCUUCUGCCUGCUGGGUCACAACGGCGCGGGCAAGACGACCACCAUGUCGAUGAUUACUGGAGCGAUGGCGCCCGACGGCGGCAGCGCAAGUUUCUUUGGGAUCCGCACGCUCGGCCCCUUAGCCGACGCAGAUGGUUUGGAUAGGCUCCGCCAGCUCCUCGGCUUCUGCCCGCAGCACGACGCGCUAUUCCCUCGGCUCACGCUCCGGGAGCACCUCAUUUUCUACUCGCGGCUCAAGGGCGUCGAGGAAUCUAGAGCGGAGAACGAGGCGUCUGGCCUGCUGGAGCUCUUCCGCCUCACGGAAAUGGCCGAGGGGUUUCCGCUCAAGCUCUCGGGCGGCCAGAAGCGCAAGGUCAUGAUGGCCGCGGCGCUGACCGGCGGGUCCAGACUCGUGGUCCUCGACGAGCCGACGGCGGGGAUGGAUCCCGUGGCGCGGCGCGAGGUCUGGACCCUGCUGCGCGACGUCCGCGUCGACCGGUCGGUGCUCCUCACGACGCACCACAUGGAGGAGGCCGAAGCAUUGGCGGACCGGGUGGCGAUCAUGGCGGCCGGGAGCGUGAAGUGCUGCGGCACUCUCUCUUUCCUGAAGCGGCGCUUCGGAGGCGGCGGCGACGCAGCGGACGGCGCGGACACGUCGGACACGUCAAUCGGCGGCCUCCACGUGGCGGUGACGACGGCCGCCGCGGCGCGCGAUCAACUUAAAGCGGUUUUUGCGCAGCACAUGCCCAAAGCGAAGCUAGCGGCGGCCUCGAAGCUCGAGGAGGACCUCCGCCGGGCGACCGAAAAGGACGCCGCGAAUCCGCUCCUCGGGUCGACACCCAAAAGCUUUUCCUCAUCAUUUAAGAGUCCGCUCCUGAACGCGACCCGGGGCUCGAGCUUCUCCGCGUCGCGGAACUGGGCGGACGGCGCCGAGGCCCCCCUCCUCGAGGACUCCGCGCGCGACGUCACGACGACGUACACCAUCCACGCAUCCAGGUCACGGGUCGCCGCUCUCUUCGAGGGGCUGGAGGCCGAGGCCGACGGCUUGGGUCUCGUCGACGUUUCCGUGACGGCGACGUCGCUCGAGGACGUGUUCAUAUCCGUCGGCGAGCAGGUCGAGGGCGCGGCGGCGCCCGUAGAGGCGGAGACGUUGGUUGGCGGGGCCUUGCUGCCGUCGGCGCCGGGCGAGCCGGUGCCGGCGGGGAGGCUCGUCGCGGCCGUGGUCCAGUUUCGGCUCCCAGCGGUGCAGACAGAUCAAAGUGACCUCGACUCACCUCUUGAUUCCCACACAGGCUCCAGCAAAUAAGAGACGACCUCGUGUGGAUCAAAAAGUUCGUCCUCGGCGGCGCGGCGCUGCCCGGCGGGCUCCGGCGCGCCGUCAAGCGCGCCCGCGGCGACAAGGGCGGCGCCACGACUUUCACCGUGCCAACGCAUUUCGCCGUGCUCGCCGCGGUCUUGUCCUCGGGGUUUAUCGUUGGCUUGGCCGUGGGCUUGACCGAAAAGGGAAGCCGGGAUUCGCCCCGGGGGUGGGCGGCGGGCACGGCGGCCGGAUCGGCCGUUGCGGCUUCGACACUCGCCUUGGCUGCUUUGGAGUGCGGCAUACGUUUUAUUGGAGGCGCCUCGUUGUCCGCGCCGUUUUCGGUCGCGGGAUGCGUCGUCGGCUCCGUUUUCGGCGUUUGCGUGUGUGGUUUAAAUGCGCAGCAUCAUUUCGUUCUUCACGCCUUUACGGGAGGGCUGACGUGGGCGAUAGCCACGGCCGUAGCGGUCGGCCUCGAGGCCGGCCUCCGGCCGUACUUUGGCGUACCCACGUCGGCAGCCGGCGCGGUCGCGGGAUGCCUAGUCGGAUGGCUCACGGGCUGGCGCGCUUUCAGUGCUCAAUUCUAAAUCUUCGACGGGCGUAGAGUCCAAGCACCCAAAACGCCGGUUUAUUUCCGCACAGGAGCGUAUGCCUGAGCGUGCGCAAAAAGACGUUUCGGCGCAUGGCCGCGAGCGCGGCGGGCCGCCGCGCGCGGGCGCGGACCGCCGGCGGCGUCGCCGGGUUCUUUGUUGGCCUCGUCGUGGAAGUUUUGGGCUCCGUCUUCGCCUCGGCGUUUUGUUCUGCCGGGAUACACGGAACGACCCUGGUGCUCCUCCAAGUGGCGGCGGCGGCGAUGCCGCUGGUCGUGCGCGCGCAAAUGCCCGGCAAAGGAAAGCGGGCGUUCGGUUUCAAAAGUAGACACGCGGAGUACUACAACACCCUCGUCGCGGGGGUCCUGGUGGCCGCCUAUCUUCUUGUGGCGGGCUUCGUGGUGGAGCCCUACGUCCGCGAGCGCGCCAGAGGUCUGCGGAAUCUAUUGGCCGUCUCGGGCCUCGACACUUUGACGUACUGGCUAGGAAACUGGCUCAGCGACGCGCUGGUACUCGUGAGCGGCGCCGUCUGCGUCGUCUUCAUGUUAGCGGCGACCCGCAUGGCAUAUCGCAAGCGGUUAUGUAGCAGCGCGCCGACUUACGCGCAGCUCCACGCGGCCGCUCGGAAGGGGGACCUCGACCUCGGGCCCUACAACGCGACCGCCACGUCGCUAGAAAUCGCCUUCCACGACCGGUACCCGGGGGGCUUCGAAGAAGACCCGAACGAUCUGUGGCACUCCGAGCCCUAUGAUACCAUCGAACAGUGGUACUGCGACAGCAUCUGGGAUAAACAUCACGCGGCCGGGGCCCGGCAGAACGCCACGAAGUUCGUCGUGCGCCGCUGGAUGGAGCGCUGGCCGUGGUUGUGGAUUUUACUGCCGCUCUGUAGCGCCGGGAUCGUGAGCUUCUCGCACUUUGCGACGACGACGUUCGACUCGCCGCUCAUCGCGGUCGCGUCGACGCCCAUUUUCAUCGGUCUCCUGGGCGGCGCGGCGCCGGCCGGGCUCGCGGGCCUCUGGUGGGUCGCCACCAGCAAACCCAACCAGCUCCUAUUCCAGGAAUUCUUCUGUAAGAUAGGGUGGCUCGCGUCAAUCGCAACGCCGUUCGGCAACCUGGCGGUCCAGGUCUGCAAGGUGGCCUUCCACCCGCAGCUGAAGCGCGGGGGGUUUCUCGAGGCGUCGGGCGACGGGCCCCUCUGGCGGCAGCGCGCGGACCCGCCUUUACCGAGCGGCUGGGCAGCCGUGAUCUUUGCCUUUUUCCACAUCAUACUUUAUGAAGGAAUAGUCGUCUUUAAAGAUCGACGGGCCCUGCGCCCGCUCGCCUGGGUGAAGACGCGGGUCUCCAAGGUGCGCGCGACCGCGAUGCCCGACGACGUCGCCGCGGAGCGCGCGCGCGUCGCGGCGCUCACCGGCGCGGGCGACGCCGCGAGCGCGGGCGACGCCCUGUCGACGAACGAAGACGACUUUCAGAUUGUGGUAGACGAGCCGGAGGAGGAGGCGCCGCCGUCGCGGCCGCCGCCGACGAGGUUUUCCACCGCCGUGCGCGACACCGUCGCCAUGCUGCGGAACGUGCCGCCGGGCGACGACCCGUACCCUCCGCCGCUCGUGCGAGACAUCAAGUCAGCGGACCGCGACGGCCUCGUCGUCUCGGACCUGCGGAAGAUCUACCCGCCGCGGUUCUUCGGCGGUUCGGCCGUCGAGUCCGUCCAGUGCGCGGCGUUCGGCGUGCCGACGGGCCAGGUUUUUGGUUUACUAGGAGCGAACGGCGCUGGGAAGACGACGACCGUGUCGAUGGUCUGCCGCGCCGUCGAGCCGACGUCCGGCGACGCCAGGGUCGCGGGGAAGAGCGUGCUGGCCGUCAAGAGCUGUGUGGAAAUCAACCAGUGAGUUAGGUUGACUUUCACGCCAUCGAGCAGACGCAGCUACGGAGAAAAUAUCGCGUCGAUGGCGUGGGGCGCCCGAAAUUUGAUUUCCACACAGGACUUCGAGGACGCAGCGCGGUCGCUCGGCGUCGUCAACUGUGUGGAAAUCAACCAAUGCGUCGGGUGCACCCGACAAUUCUUCACUAAGUCAUUUCUCGGCGAUGACGUGGCCGUCCUGGCUCGGUCGAGCGGUGAGGAACUGGCAUCGCCACGCCAUCGAGCAGGCGUCGCGUCGAUGGCGUGGAGGACGAUGCGAUGAUUCAGCACGAACGCGCCGUAAAAUUUUGAUUUUCACACAGGUCGUCAACCAGAAGAACGUCCUCUGGGACCACCUGAGCUGCCGAGACCAUCUGAGUCUCUUUGCGCGGCUCCGGGGCGUCGACAUCGAAGGAGACGCGCGCCACGCCGCGGAGCAAGCGCUCGCCGUCGUCGGCCUGUCCGACCACGCCGACAAGGCGGCCGGCCGCCUGUCGGGGGGCAUGAAGCGCAAGCUGGCGGUCGCGGUGGCGCUGGUCGGCGGCCCCUCGGUGGUGUUGCUGGACGAGCCGUCGUCGGGCCUGGAUCCAGGAGCGCAAAGGAAUCUCUGGGACCUCAUCAAGGUCACGAUGAAGGGCCGCGCAGUCGUCCUGACGACGCACUCGAUGGGCGAGGCCGAUCUCCUCUGCGACCGCGUCGGCAUCAUGGUCAAGGGCACCAUGCGCUGCAUCGGGACGCCGCAGGAGCUCAAGGAGCGCUACGCGGCGGGCUACGAGAUCUCGUGCCGCCUGGAGACGCGGGACGACGCGCACGUCGCGGAUCUCGUGGCGUUCGCGCGCGGGGCCUUUUCGUCGCCGGACGUCGACGUCGCCGCCGCGGACGCGGACAUUGCGACGCUCGAGCUCGCGGGCGUCGACCCGCGGCGGACGCCGGCGCUCGCGUUCCGCGCGUUCGACGACGACGCGUGCGCGCGGCUCGGCGUGAUCGACUUUUCGCUCGCGCGCGCGACGAUGGAGAAGGUGUUUUUGAGGAUUGCCGGCGGCGAGGAGGGUCUGGCGCAGUCGCGGCUCGGCCGGGAGAUCGCCGAGAUGCUCCAGGCCGAGGCCGACGACGAGGCGCAGAAGGAGCUGGACGCGGUGGUCUUCUCCGAGGCGACUUGCUGCGGCUGCAACAAGUACGCGUGGAAAGCGACGUGCAUCUACCACUUCUGUGGCUCCGGCAUCAUGGGACUCCUCCUUUGGGCGGGCCUCCAUGCUAGUGAAAUGGCGAGGCACUGCUCACGAAUAAAUCGACAGUACUGGCGGGACCCCAACUGCGAAGAAACCCCCCAGGGCCUGUGGCUCCGGGUCCUCAUGGGGUUUUACUACGCGCCGCAUGCCCUUGAAUUUUUCUUCUACCUGAUGGGCUUCACCUGGUUCUGGUGCGCCGGGUGCGCGCUGUGGUGCCUGCGGGCGCCGGCGUCGAACCCCGGCGGCUCGGUCGCGCCCGCCUAG